CAAUUCCUUUGUACCUUCUCAGGUAUGUUGCAUAGCUUAACCUACAUUCAGUUAAAACGAACGAAUAGUUCAAUUUAAUUUACUUUAAAUAAGAGGAUAUAUAGUUUAAUUUAUUCCCCAAAGUGAAUGCUAUCGGGUCCUUCGAAGGCGGGCGGAGCUAAGUGACCGCCCGCAAGCGCCGCACGCAACGGUGAAACAAGCGCCCUCCUCCUUCGCUUCCUAUAUAGCGCAGGCCGCCCGCAGUAGACGACCGGGUCCCUCAUAAAUGGGGCGAGUGAUGACCGGGACUCGUCUCUCUGUCUCGUCUUGACCGCCUCGGACCUGCUCAUUCCCCGAUGUUUGUGCGGUGGUUGCUGCCUCUGCUCGGGGCUCUGUCCGCGAAAGCCGACUUCUUCCAAUUCGACAGCAUCUCCAAUGUUUCCACUUACUAUUUUAAUUACAUUUAUUGCAAUAUUUGGGAGGGGGAGUGCCAGCCCAACCAGGACGAUGCUACACAACAAGUUCCUACCAGGGACCUGUGGGCAGGUUUUCCUCAGGACUACAUUAGCCUGCUGCAUCAGUGGUACUGUAGCCUGGGCCAGUGCUGUGAAUCUGGAGACUGCAGGAUAACCAACAACAUCACAGGUCUGGCGAGGGACCUUCAGACCAAGCUCCAUGGGCAGCACCUGGCUCAGUCUGUGGUCCUGAAAGCCAUUCAGGGUUUUAUCAACAACCCAGAGUCCAACAAGCCACUCACCCUCUCCUUCCACGGAUGGUCUGGCACGGGCAAGAACUUCGUGGCCCGGAUCAUCGCUGAUAACCUAUAUCGCGACGGGGUGAAGAGCGAGUGUGUCCGCCUGUUCAUCGCCCCCUUCCACUUCCCACAUGCCAGACUGGUGGACACGUACAAGGGCCAGCUGCGGGAGGCGAUCCGGGACAUGGUGCUGCGUUGCCCUCAGACUCUGUUCAUCUUCGAUGAGGCCGAGAAGCUUCACCCAGGCCUCAUCGAUGCCAUCAAGCCCUACAUGGACCACUAUGACAACGUCGACGGGGUCAGCUACCGCAGAGCCAUCUUCCUCUUCCUCAGUAAUAUUGGUGGGGCAACAAUCAACGAUGUUGCACUGGACUUCUGGCACUCUGGUCAGAAUCGAGAGGACAUCGGCAUGGAAGACCUGGAGCAUCGACUACGAACCGAAACUAUGGAGUCUCAAGGUGGAUUUGCACAGAGCGAGCUGAUGUCAGGCCACUUGAUCGACUUCUUCGUGCCCUUCCUGCCUCUGGAGUACCGCCACGUCAAGCUCUGCGCGCGGGACGCCUACGCAGCCCGAGGUCUGGAGACAGACGAAGCUACACUGGAUGAGGUGGCCAAGGCGAUGCUGUAUGUCCCUAAAGAGGAGAGACUGUUCUCGGCCCAGGGAUGCAAGUCCAUACCCCAGAGGAUCAACUUCUUUCUCCCCUAGGAGGAGAGACGGACAUAGAGAGAGAGAGAAAGAGAGAGAGAGAGACCUGGAGGAGGUGCAAGAUCGCUUCACCAGCCCAUCUGCAUACAGAGCCACAGAGGAGAUGUGUCCUCUCUGCUCUGCUCUACGUACUCUCCUCUCCCCACCCCCCGCAGAUACAACAUGUGUCUGUCAAGGUCCCUCAGAGAAGUGCCAGACAGCAGGGCAGGUCCAACGUUGAGAGGGGAAAGCGGUGCGGCUCACCCUGCUGACAUCCGUAGUGUUGCAGGGGGAACGCGUUCAUACCAGACAGUCAUCGUGUGCGGUGUGGCUGCUCUUCUUCACCCACCUGGUCUGAAUCCUCACAGUGUAAAGAUGAAGAAUAAAGGAGAUGGUAUUACCGGUUGUGCAGUGCGUGUCAUAGAGGAACACUGACAUUUUAUCACAUCACAUUAUUUAUGUUAUUUCACUGUGGCCAUAAAAUUUUUAUUUUAUGCUCGUAUUUCAUGUGUGCAUAUUUGCAUGUCAGACAUUGUGCUUAGAUUAGCACUGAUUAUUUAUUGACAUCAUUUGUGCCAUAUUUGAACAUGUUGCUGUACCUUAUUUUGUAGAGUAGUUUAAAUGCACACUUGGUGGUACUGUAAGCCACUUGUAAUGAACAGUAAAUGGCAUUGUGGUGUGAACAGUGUGGAAUGUGUAGCAGCUAACAACAGUGAUGGAAAUGUUACUUGAAAUUGUCGCUGGAAAACGUGUGUGAGACCAGGUGUCAAAAGCACUGAAUCAGCUUUUCUGCAAAUGUGUUUUGGAAUAAUACUUUUAAUAAUUUAUUUUUGAUCUCAGUGAUUUUAAGGUGGUUUGUAUGAGCCUGAUAAAUGUUUUAUUAUUAUCAUCAUCACGGCGUAAUAUACAGAAUUUUACUUUGUUACUUGAGGGCAUAGUUUAUUCAUUGACUUGCUUUAUCUCUGUCAUACACUCACACAGGUCUGAGUUGUUCUACUUAAGAGUUUUUUUUUUUCUCCAAAGCUUCAAGGUUCACAUUACAGGAAGAAUGUGAGAGAGAAAGAAACGAUCUCAGAUACCGUUUUAAGAAAAUAAACGCCCACAGUAAACCAA